CAGAGAUGCCAGAGACACUUCACACGGAGACAGUUCCAGACAAUACAAAUAAUGAUUUAAUCGAUGAGAUAAAAGCUCGUCUCAUAGAUUUUUCAAAUAAAUCCCCUGAGGAAAUGAGGAAAGGCCUUGAAGAUAUGUGCGAAAAAUUGAGAAAGCUUAAAACGCCAUCUGCAUGUGCAUCUUAUUUGGCAAAUUUUGGUGAAGGAAAAUCUAGAAAAAAUCGCGGUAACUAUAUUCCCGUUCAGUCCACUGCAAUAAGCAGAAGAAAAAACAAGUUGGCAGGUCGCAGAUGUCAUCCGGGGGGAAGACAAAGACCACACUCUAAGCAAAGCGAGGAAUUUGUAAAGACAGUAGAAAUUUCUGAAAUGGCUACCUUUCCACCACCAGCUACGUAGUCAUCCCAGUCAGCUCCAGACUUUUGAAGGUGCGCGACUGUUUACUGCAGCAUAGUGUGUAGGAUUUUCUUAAUCUGAGAUCCAACGUAAUGGAACUAUUAAGGGAAUGAUUGUAGUAAGUUUUUUCUUAAAGCUCAGGCCUAGCCUUACUGCUGAAAUAUAUUAAGUUUUUUUGUUGUACCUCGGGUCUGACCCGAUUA